GCUAAUACAUCUUCAAGCGAACACAUUCUCCCACAUUCCUCGAUCUCUUCGGACCAAAACACAGAAAACAUGUCGAAAACGUCGGCGGAGUUGCUUCUCUCCACACCACAGAUGUCGCCUUCAAGGGAGCCGUCGUCGUAGAAGCAAGUUAUGGAUUCCCGCCUUCCAUGUUUGAUCGUUUUCAUCCUGACUGGCUUGACCCCAUCAUGCCUUGGAGACGACAAUACCACCCGCCGUCAUGACUACUGCGUCCUUGGAGCUGGACCUGCAGGGCUGCAGAUGGGGUACUUCCUCUCUAAGGCUAAACGAGACUACAUCAUCUUGGAGAGGAACUCUGGACCAGGCAGCUUCUUUCACAAAUAUCCCAGGCACAGGAAGCUCAUCAGCAUCAAUAAGAUCCACACCGGACGGCAGAACAGGGAGUUCAACCUCCGCCAUGAUUGGAACUCCUUGCUGAGCGACAAGCCGGAUCUCCUGUUCCGGCGAGUGAGCCGGGACUUUUACCCGCCGGCCGAUGCCUUCCCGCUCUACCUGGCCAUGUUUGAGAGAGAGCUGGGUCUGAGGGUCACAUACGGUGUGGAUAUCGGAAGGAUCAGGGCCGUGACGUCGUUGACGAGCAGGAGUUACGUGCUAACCGACCAACUUGGAAAGGACUACACUUGCGGCGUUCUUCUGGUGGCGACCGGUCUCUGGGUUCCUCAGGAGGCAGAAUUUGUGGGUUCCGACCUGGUUGAGGGCUAUGAAUCCAUCUCCACUAACCCAGAGGACUACACGGACCAGGCUGUGCUGAUUCUGGGCAAGGGGAACUCUGCUUUUGAGACGGCGCAGAGCAUCUUGGGGAAAGCGAGCCGGGUCCACAUGGUCAGUCGCAGUCCUGUUCGCCUGGCCUGGCAAACUCAUUACGUUGGAGAUCUGAGGGCUGUGAAUAACGAGCUGAUAGACACCUACCAGCUGAAGUCCCUUGAUGGCUUGGUAGAAGCCAGCCUGGAGCGAAUAGUGAUCGUCCAACAAAAGGACCAAGGCAGGAAGAAGUCCAGCACAAAAGCUGGCAAAGAGGAGAAGGGACGAUUGUAUGUGACCAUAAAUAAGUAUGUACAACGGCAGUCCGAGAAGAACAGCUCGGAUGUGACAGCGGAGGAGCUGCUUGGACAUCACAUUGACAACUUCUCCCUGCGCAAGCCCUAUGACCGUGUGAUUCGAUGCCUUGGCUUCCGAUUCAACUUCAGCGUAUUUGACAGUUCUAGCUGCCCACCUAAGAGUGAGAAUGCAAGAGGGAGGUUACCAAGGGUGAACGCCUGGUACGAAGGUUCUGACACCCCUGGUUUGUUUGUAAUUGGAGCUGCCGCUCACUCCAGAGACUACCGCUCGUCAGCUGGUGGUUUUGUCCAUGGAUUUCGCUACACAGUGCGAGCUGUACAUCGUGUGCUUGAACACCGUUACCAUGGAGCACCGUGGCCAUCAACUCAGCUGUUGACAACGCAGCUGCUGUCUGUAGUUCUGAAGCGGGUGGGCGAGGCCUCCGGGCCCUACCAGAUGUUCGAGAUGCUUGGAGACGUGAUAUUGUUGAGAGGAUCUCACUGCCAAUAUGUGGAGGAGUUCCCACUCCAGGCCUUGCCUCAGUUCUCUUCUCUCUCGGGCCACGAGGUGUCCGGACAUGGACUGUUGGUUCUAGUGAUGCAGUACGGGAAGAAAAAGAUCGACUAUCUGGGAGGCGGCCGGGCGGUAACAGAUUGGACCAAAGCUUGGAAGUCCAACUUUUUGCACCCAGUUUUGUACUACUACGACACGCUUCCUACUGAGGAAGAGAUGAAGCAUCGUCCCCACGGGUGGCCUUUGCCAAGGCCGAAGGCAAUUCAUCACAUGGUUGAGGACUUCCUCACUGAGUGGGAUGGUCCCAUAUCUCACAUUCAGCCUUUGCGGCGAUUCCUAGAACACUGUGUCCACACUGACCUCAGAGCCUUCUAUGCAGAAUCAUGUUUCCGCUUAUCCCUCACACACCGGCAGCCGCCGCUGUUUUGUCGCCAAGGAUACUUGAAGCAGCAAGGUAUGGUUGAUAGUAAACCGCAGCACUUUCCUCCCACUAUGCCUGGAGAGCAGCAUGCGGACACAGUUGGAGCUGACGCUGCAUUCCCAAACUACCUGGCACAAGCCGGAGCCGCCAUGUCGUCAGGCAUAAAACAUGACUUGUGAUUGUUUUUAAUAUAAUAGUGUUUAUACGUGUGACACCAUCCAGGUCUCUAUACCUCCAGCACGUAGAAAUCCAAACAAACCAUUAAGAUCACUGGUUCCUCACCAACUGAUCCUUUAUUUUGUCGCCAAAGCUCUAGAUGUUAGCCACUUGAUCUGCCAAAGAAUCAAUGAUUGCCCUUGCUUUAGUUUUGUAUAUGUUGCACAGUGGGGCAAUGCAAUAGAGUAUAGUGAAAUAUGGCUGAAAACAGCAAAGAAGGUAAAGAAGAGCGUUAUCAUGUUACCGAGCGAAGGUUGCCAAGCGUCCCUUGAAAAACAGAAUUGUCCUGUAUUUAGAAGCAAAGGUACAGUAGGUCUGGGUUCCUUUUUGCCUCAUCCCACAUUUAAGGUGUGAGUGAAGAAUGCAGUACCGACCUGAUAAGUCCAAAAGAGAAAGAUAUGAUACAGCUGGAGUGUCCAAAUUACGGUCGACAAUCCAAAUGCGGCCCGUCAACGUCUUCAAUCUGGACCGCGACACGCCCUGAGUUUUAUAAGGAAUCUUAACCGUAGGGAGAUUGCGUUCAUUUUAAUAGUCUGACCGUUUUAAUGCCGACAUAUUUUUGUCAUCCAGUGGACACAUAAGUAUUCAGUUCAAUGACCUUUAAUUAUGCUCUGAAUGACCCAAUGCAAAGAACCUUCCCUAGUCAUGGUGCAAAAAAAAAUCCAACCAACACAAACUGUCAGCACACAUUACAACCUUUUCACUGAAUUUGUGGAUUUUAUAAAAAAAAAAAAAAAAAACUUCCAUGCGCCAUAAAAAAAUCUAAAAAAAGCAUGAUGGAAAAAAAUGCAAAACACUCUCCACACUUAUCCAUGUUUGGUGCAUUUUAGCUGCUUGAUAUUUCUGAUUGAUUACAAAACUUUUAAGGAGGUUGUCGCGGAAGUAAACAAGGUAGGAGUCUAACCUUAACAUACUCUUAAUAUCCAAUUAUAUUAAUUGUUAAUUAUACAUCCAUUAUAUUAAUAUAAUGUGUACACAUAUGUAUAUAUAAAUAAUAUAUAUAUAUAUAUAUAUUAGAGAUGUCCGAUAAUAUCGGACUGCCGAUAUCAUCGGCCGAUAAAUGCUUUAAAAUGUAAUAUCGGAAAUUAUCGGUAUAGGUUUCAAAAUUAUCGGUAUCAGUUUCAAAAAGUAAAAUGUAUGACUUUUUAAAACUCCGCUGUGUACACGGACGUAGGGAGAAGUACAGAGCGCCAAUAAACCUUAAAGGCACUGCCUUUGCGUGCCGGCCCAGUCACAUAAUAUAUAUGGCUUUUCACACGCACAAGUGAAUGCCAUGCAAACUUGGUCAACAGCCAUACAGGUCACACUGAGGGUGACCGUAUAAACAACUUUAACACUGUUACAAAUAUGCGCCACACUGUGAACCCACACCAAACAAGAAUGACAAACACAUUUCGGGAGAACAUCCGCACCGUAACACAACAUAAACACAACAGCACAAAUACCCAGAACCCCUUGCAACACUAACGCUUUCGGGACGCUACAAUAUACACCCCCCACUACCCCAAACCCCGCCCACCUCAACCUGCUCAUGCUCUCUCAGAGAGAGCAUGUCCCCAAUUCCAAGCUGCUAUUUUGAGGCAUGUUAAAAAAAAAAAAGCACUUUGUGACUUCAAUAAUAAAUAUGGCAGUGCCAUGUUGGCACUUUUUUCCAUAACUUGAGUUGAUUUAUUUUGGAAAACCUUGUUACAUUUUUUAAUGCAUCCAGCGGGGCAUCACAACAAAAUUAGGCAUAAUAAUGUGUUAAUUCCACGACUGUAUACAUCGGUAUCGGUUGAUAUCGUAUCGGUAAUUAAGAGUUGGACAAUAUCGGAAUAUAUUAUCGGACAUCUCUAGUAUAUGUGUAUAUAUAUAUAUAUAUAUAU